UAUCCGGAUGAUUUCUGCAUCUCACAUAUAAAUGAGACCGCGCCAUCGGAUCGAGGGCUAUGAUGACGUCUGGAGUCUAGCAGGGUUACGAAAGAUUGAUCGCUGGAUCUGCACGCUCCGUCUUGAUGAGCGGUCAAGGAAAGUAAUGGCGUCAAACAGAUGGCUUCCUUGAUUGUCAGCGCCUGCGGUCAGAGAGAGCACGGGGUAAGGAUGAAGCCGCCAAGCAUCUAGGAACGAUCUCAUUUUAAAGCGUGUCCAUUUUAGCACGCCAUCAUGGAACAAAUGGAAGCUUCAUGGAAGGUUUUUGGCGUCAUGAUUCCGUCCUUAAUGUCCUGGUGCGCGGAUGACCAACCUCGGGGCGAAACCAGCACCAAACGUCCGGUACUCGAGAGUGUUCCAUGCUGCAAACCGACAGCCAUCCCACGCCUCUAUCAUCGAAUCCUUCCAUCUGUUCAUGAAGCUGUGGCGCCUGCAGUCUGUAUGUGAGGUCUGCAUCACAACUUCCGUAUCUGAUCAGUCCCAAGCGACUGUGCCCCCACGGCGCAAAGAGGCUGUGUUUAUUCUUAGACCGCUAUGUUGUUUACCUUCAAGAUUACCAAGCUCUCGAAUGACGCCCAACGACCGGGACCGGGUGGGCACAGGCUCGUCCUUCCAGAAAGUGUGCCAGUGGACACAGCUCGUUCACAGACCGUGGUGGGGUCUUUGGCAGUUUGGGACGGAGUUGCGCGUCAAAACCACCUUUGCUAUGUCAUGCAGGUGUCUGCGAACUCUUGAGUUUGGGACUAAACCAUUCCCGAGUCAUUACCUCCAGACCCUGGUCAAUCGCUGUCUCGUAUUUUGGAACGCAACGCGAUCCGUCCGGUCAGUUUGAUUAACGGCCCGCGCAUCAUGUGUGUGUCCUUCCACCCAAGUUUCGUAGGGCUGCGGCUUUGCUUGCUUACACCGGAGGUUAUCCAUCCUCCCAUGCAUUGCAGUACCCUUGCGCGCGCGAAUCAGCGU